AUGUCCGAAGAGAAGAAGACUACGAUUCUUGACAACGGUGAUGGACUGUUCAACACGCAUGUUGUGUUGGAAGAUGUUCAAGAAGUGAUUGGGGAGCAGAUGAAUACGAAAGCAAGACUUGGAGAGAACACCAAGUAUACUGUGGUUGGAGAUGGAAAUGGAUUCAUGAGUCGCGUGAUUCUUGUUGAACCUGAUUGGACAGUCACCGAUGAUCAUCUUCCAACCAAGUUUGUUUUAAAAAUCACAUCUUGUAUGCAUGUUCAUGGACUCGUCGAGAAAAUGAGAUCAACGAAUCCAAAUGCUUUAAGUCCGGAACAGGAAGCAGGCCUAUGGGCAAUGUUUGAGAACGAGGCUCAGCAAUUGCAUAAUCGUGAAGUGAACCUGUACAAAAUCACCGAGAAAUGGAACAAGAAUGAUGUUUUGCUAAGCCCGAAGAUCUAUUUCUCGAAGAAGUUUGAUGCCAACAAUAAGACAAAAGGAUUCAUUGGAAUGGAGUUUGUCAGUGAUGUGACGAUCCGACACUUGUAUGCAAAUGCUAAACCACACGAAUUGCACCCAGUAUUGAGAUCUUUGGCAACUCUUCAAGCGGAAAGUCUCAAAUUGACUGAUGAAGAGAGACAAAGCAUUGCUGGAUUUGAUUUCAAGCAAUUGAUGGGGUCAAUGAUGAAUGAUGGUGGAAUGAAAAAUAUUUACGAACAAACUCGGGAUAUCAACAGAGAAAGAUUGACCAAAGGAGCAGAUGCAAUCGAGGUUUUUGGAACGGAAGUUGUUAACUUCGAGCUUGCCUGUAACCUCAACAAAUACGUUGGUAUUGAACGCAACGUCCUGGUACAUGGUGACCUGUGGGCUGCAAACAUAUUGUGGAAAGAAGAUGAUGGAAAGUUUUCAGUCAGCAAAGUGAUUGACUACCAGCUCAUUCACAUGGGAAAUCCAGCUGAGGAUCUUGUUCGACUAUUCCUCUCAACCCUUUCUGGAAAUGAUCGACAGACUCAUUGGGAGAGAAUGGUAGAUCAAUUCUACGAGUAUUUCCUUGAGGCUCUUGGAGACCAAGAAGCCCCUUAUACCAUUGAUCAGUUGAAAGACUCUUACCGACACUACUUCGUUACUGGCGGUCUUAUCAUGAUGCCGAUGUACGGUCCAAUCGCACAGGCGAAACUCUCCUACUCGUCUGACAAUGAGCAUGUGGAGGAGUACAGAGAAAUUUUAACUGAAAAAGCAGAACAUCUUUUGGAAGACUUGGAACGUUGGCAUCUGUAUAGCAGAGAUUUGACAAAAAAUCACAAGGAAGCAGAGACUUCAGUUUAA